UCCCCAGAGCGCUCUCGCUUUUGCUCUCGAUCGAAGUCUUGGCGAGAAGGAAGGAGAAGGAAGGAGAGGUUGUUUCCAUCUUGGAGAUCACUGCCAUGCAGCCUUGCAGCAGAGAAAAGCAAGCGAUGGCUCUUCAAGAGUUCCAGAACGCCGCGCAUGAUGAUUUCUUUGACCAGAUGCUCUCCAGCCUCCCUCCGUCGUGGCCGGAUCACGAAAACCCUAAGUCGCCGUGGGAUCUCGCUGGAAAACCCCAAGAUGACCCCGCGGGGGAGUACCCGCCGUACGAUGAGUCAUCGUUGAUUAGUGGCGAUGGAGGGAGUGGGGGAUCGCCAGAGGAGAAGAGCAUGGGGCUCCAUCUCGCUCAGCAUCAGCAGAUGAUGCUCUCGGCGGGGAUGGGACGAUCGUCGCCGGUCGGUGCCGGCGACGGUGGCUUUAUCCCGAUGCCGCUGAGCCUUGGCAACGGCGGAUUCUCCGAUUCGAGACUUCUCCCGGACCGAUCUCGCGACGAGGUCGGCGCCGCCUUCAAACCCCCCAAUUCCACCGGUAGUGAAGGGAUCUACAACGGAUUCAGCUCCGGAUCGGCGCAGCGCAUGGCGCAAGCGGCAAAUCAGCAGCAUUUCCAGGGUUCGCCGGUCCCAUCUCAAAGCUUCGGAGCAGCGCCGCCGUCCUCUGGCAACGCCACGACGCAAGCGGCGGCCGCGCCGCCACGUCAGCGCGUUAGGGCUCGGCGUGGCCAAGCCACCGACCCUCACAGCAUCGCCGAAAGGAAUACGGGUCGGAUCCUGGCUUUAAUCCGAAACCCGAACUCAUCAGAGUCCAAAAAAAUCCAAGAGGUGGACAAGAAGAGGAGGAUCACAAUGAUGGCAAUGGGGUUUUCUUGGAAGCUCUGGGAGCUUGCAUUCAUCGUUCUCUACGCCCUCGCUUUCUAUGCGCUCGUUAUCUAUCGAUCUCUGCAACUAUCCCACGAUAAUUCUCACAAGUUGUUUGGUCUGCGUCCUGGAUGGAUUCUUGGUCGCCUUAAUGACCUUUCGGAUCCACAAUGGAGAAAUUUUCGUGGAAAUCUACCCAUUCUUAUGCUUGUGUUUGGGAUAUUCACAUUGGUGGCAAAUACAAUCAGGCGCUUCUAUCACUUGAGAGCAAGAGGGAUGUCACUUAUCUGGAGUUUUUUGUCCUUAUGUUAUUUAUCAUAUUUACAUGGAGCUUGCAUUGUCUUUAUCCUUUUGAUCUCUUCAAUGAACUUUUUCCUAGUAAAGAUUUUUGCUCGAACAAAGUACUUCGUGUACAUGCUUUGGAUCUUCAACAUUGCUAUUCUUUUGUUGAACCGUGUUUACGAGGGAUAUUCGUUCACCUUAUUUGGGGCAAACUUGGCUUUCUUAGAUAGUUAUCGCGGAACUUUUAGAUGGCACAUAUGUUUUAACUUAGUUAUUCUGCGCAUGAUAAGCUUUGGGCUGGAUUACCAUUGGUUUUCCGACCAAGAUUCUCGUUUUGAUCAAAAGGAGAGGAGUGUUCCCAUUGACAAAUACUCAUUCAACAUAUACUUGUCUUAUUUGAUUUAUGCACCACUUUAUAUUGCUGGACCGAUUACUAGCUUCAAUGCAUUUGCAAUGCAGUUGGAUAUACCUCAAAAAAAUCAUUCUGUUGGACAAAUAGCUUGGUAUGGUGUCAGAUGGGCUAUUAGUCUGUUCCUCAUGGAAAUAUUGACUCAUUUUUUCUAUUACAAUUCCUAUGCAAGCAGUGACAUAUGGAAAAAUUUGUCACCUUUGGAGAUCUUUAUCAUUGGAUAUGGGGUCAUAAACUUCAUGUGGUUAAAGUUCUCUCUGAUUUGGCGCUUUUUCCGGUUCUGGUCUCUGAUUGGAGGCGUAGAGACUCCUGAAAACAUGCCAAGAUGUGUGAACGACUGCUAUGACUUGGAGAGUUUUUGGAAAAGUUGGCAUGCAUCAUUCAACAAGUGGCUUGUUAGGUACAUGUAUAUUCCACUAGGGGGUUCUCAGAGGAAGCUUCUGAAUGUGUGGGUUAUUUUCACAUUUGUGGCGUUGUGGCAUGAUCUGGAAUGGAAACUUAUUUGCUGGGCAUGGCUAACAUGCAUAUUUUUGAUACCUGAGAUCGUCAUAAAGUCCGCAGCCAAAACAUUUCAGGUUAGAAGUGCUCUGGGUGGAUUCAUAUUUCGUGAACUGAGUGCUAUAUCUGGGGCAGUCACGAUUACAUGCCUAAUGGUUGCAAACCUCGCUGGUUAUGUCAUUGGACCAAACGGCAUAAAUUGGUUAAUAUCGCGAUUGCUACAAAAGGAUGGUUUGCAUGUUCUCUGUGGCAUAUUUACAUCAUUUUAUAUUGGAACAAAGCUGAUGUUUCACAUUCGUGACGCAAAACAAAAAUGCUGGUGAUCAUCAAAAUCAUAUCAAACCUUGUAUUGAUUCAGUUUUUUUUUGCAGCAGUAGGGGACUUGGGUCUGCCAUUGUUGACUGGGAAAAGCAAAUUGCACAAGUUUCUUAAUUUUUUUCAGACAACUGGAAAUUGGGUACACUUAAAGUUAACAACUGGUGGUUCAUUAUAUACCGAAUCUCAGCUUCCAAUUUGCGGCACUAGUCACUAAUAAUCUUAUUGACUAAUUUAGCUUAACGCUGAAUCUCAGGUUUACAUUUGCAAUUAUUUUCUUGCUCAACUUUGAUUAUGAGCUUUUGGUAGGAGUUUUUUCUUUCGUUUUAUUAUUAUUAUUUUAUUCUUCAUUCGAAGGUGCUUCCUAUAUAUGGAAUCUCUUUGACCAA